AUGUAUUCGGCAAAGCUUAACAUGGGUACAUAUUUGGAUAUUGUAAAGAAAGUAGACAGUGUCCCCUACCUGCAUGAGAAGGACCAUGAUCAUUUCACCAAAAACAUUUACACUUUAUAUUCCCAUGAUGCGUCAUUCCAGCUAGGUUAUAUACUACCAAUUAUAUGCAAGGAACUUUCAAAAUUCCCGGAAUAUUUUCACAUAGACGAUUGUGAUAAGUCGUUGAAGUUUAGUUCUUCUCUCAAAAGUAUCGAAACACGUUGCCAAGCACUUGAGGAAAUUGGCAAAAUUUGGAGAUCUUCUAACAAAUUUGAAACAUUGAAAGGUUGGAGAAAUGAAAAAUAUACAAUUUAUGACAAUGACGGAGAACCGUACUUUUAUCUGGAGAGAUCAAUGUGCCCAUUGUUUGGCGUCGUCAUGUAUGGUGUCCAUAUCAAUGGGUAUGUUAAGGAUAGUCGUGGAAAUUACAGAGUAUGGGUCCCAAGGAGAGCUGCCGACAAAGCUACAUUUCCGGGAAUGCUAGACAAUACAGUUGCCGGGGGUUUGGGCUAUCCAUAUGGACCAGAAGAAACUGUAUUUAAAGAAUGUUAUGAAGAGGCAGGAUUAGAAGAAUCUUAUCUUGUUGAUAGGAUCAAGUCAUGUGGCUCUGUAUCAUAUCUCUACCAACUGAAUAAAAAUGUUUUCAACAGUGAAUUGGGAUUGAUACAACCAGAAGUGGAAUAUAUCUAUGAUUUACAGAUGGACAGCGAGACUAUUCCUCAUCCCGUUGACCAUGAAGCUGAGGACUUUAGAUUGAUGGAUCUCGAAGAAAUAAAAGAGAGACUAUUGGAUGGUGAAUUUAAGGAUAACUGUGGUGCAGUGAUGAUUGAUUUCAUGAUUAGACACUCAUUACUAAAACCGGAAGAUGAAGCCAACUUUGUUGAAAUAAAUAGUAGACUCCAUAGGUUUCUACCUUUCCCAGUGAAAUCAAACUAG